AAAUUUUUACUACACAUUGGCAGCCAACUGGCCCUGCUAGUGCAUGUAGCUGCAAAGGGUUGAAUGUCUAUCCCAAAAAAAAAAAAAUGAAAGAAAGAAAGAUGCAAGCAAAUUGGUCCCUCAUAUCGUUUUAGGAAAGAAAGUAACUUGAGGGCGAAAAGUUAAAAAGAGAAACAGUUAAGGGGCCAACUUGGGUUAUUCUUUUUAUUUUAGUUUUUAUUAAGAACUUUUCCCCAGCAAAGGGUUUAAUUAAAACCCCAGGGCAGGGCAUUGGGACUCCGUAGAACACCAAUGGAGGAACGCUUUUGUGGGCGAGAUGGCAAGCCAUGGAGAGUCCUCGAAUUCUACAGUGGAAUUGGUGGCAUGAGGUACUCCCUAAUGCAGGCUGGUGUCAACGCAGAAGUGGUGGAAGCCUUUGACAUAAACGAUACAGCAAAUGAUGUUUACCAACACAAUUUCGGUCACCGUCCUUUUCAGGGUAAUAUCCAGACCCUAACUGCUGCAGAUCUUGACAACUAUAAGGCACAUGCAUGGCUUCUUUCACCCCCUUGCCAACCCUACACUCGACAAGGUCUCCAGAAGCACUCUGCUGAUGCUCGAGCAUUUUCCUUUCUCAAGAUACUUGAACUCAUUCCACAGACUUUGAAACCUCCAGCUAUGAUAUUUGUGGAGAAUGUUGUUGGAUUUGAGACAUCAGAUACUCAUGUAAAAAUGGUUGAGAUAUUGGCAAGAUCUGAUUUUGUUACACAGGAGUUCAUAUUGAGCCCGCUUCAAUUUGGUGUUCCUUAUUCCAGACCUCGUUAUUUUUGCCUGGCAAAAAGAAAGCCUUUAUCCUUUCAGUGCCACUUGUUGAAUAACCAGCUUCUGCAGUCUCCAAGCCCUUUAUUUGGGAAUUAUGACAAUGCAGUCCCCUGUGAACAUUAUCAACCACAAGAGAGAUCAGAUGAGUUGCUUCAGUCUUGCCAGCCAAUAGAGAGGUUUCUUGAAUUCAAGACUUCAGAUGAUAUGGAGAACAGUUCUUUGGUGACCAUCAAUGAUUCCAUACGUGGAUUUGAAGCAUCAGAGAAAAGUGGUGAUGGAAAUGGGUUGGAUUGUAGCUCUGAAGGUCUGAACUAUGUUCCAUUGAGCCUAAUAGAGAGGUGGGGAGCUGCUAUGGAUAUUGUCUAUCCGGAUUCAAGAAGAUGCUGCUGCUUCACUAAAAGUUAUUAUAGAUAUGUAAAAGGUACCGGCUCCCUCUUGGCAACUGCACAGUCGAAGAACAAGGGAAAGACAUCUACUUUGAGGGAGCAGUGCCUUAGAUAUUUUACCCCUAGAGAGGUGGCAAACUUACAUUCAUUCCCAGAAGAUUUUCAGUUCCCAGAACACAUAAGCCUUAAACAACGUUAUGCAUUGCUGGGAAACAGUUUAAGUAUAGCAGUUGUUGCCCCCCUACUUCAAUAUCUAUUUGCUCAACCGUCAUGAUCUGAUGCAAGAGCUCCAUUCAUCAGAUGCACAUGCUUCCUGCCUUUACAUGUGCAAUUAACUAUUAACACCUGCAAAUUUUCCCUGCCAGGGACGACAAUAGGUUCCAUGGAGAAACUUCUCCUAACACAGGCCAAGGCAUCAAAGCUCCCACCCAGUCAGAUCCAAGCCGUUAAUAUUAUGAUGUCCACGAAGCAAGCAUUCAACUGUUGCUACUUGUACCAUUUGUAACAUAUUUUCAUUUAUUUUAUUUUUUAGAGUAGGGAGUAUCAUCUGUGUAAGGUUUUUUUUUUUGAACCUGGGAAAAAUACCUUCAUAUUUAGGCUUUUUCUUUUCCUGUACAAAUUUAUGAUUAAAAUAAUUGUCUAUUU